UUUGCAGGAGGGGAUGCAAUGUAGAUUUGCAUCAAUUUUAAGAGAUGUUUAUGAUAAAAAUCUUCAGUCCUUUUGUAGACUUGGAACAGGUUGGUUGUGCCUUCCGGGAAAAAAAGAGGAUAACGGCUUUGACAAGUUUGAAACAAGUGAUUUCUGUUGAAGUGAUUGCCUUCGGUAGUGGCACGUGUUUGUUGUUGCAAAGGGUACUGAAUUAUGGCUGGUCCGUUUCUGUCUCCAUUGCCUGGUGAUUUACUAACGGAAUAUAUGUUUGGACGACGUCGACAACGAAGAAAUAGAACAACUUUUACGCCCCAACAGUUGCAGGAAUUGGAGGCAUUGUUCCAGAAAACACAUUAUCCGGAUGUGUUUCUGCGGGAGGAAGUCGCGCUAAGAAUUAGUCUCAGCGAAGCGCGAGUGCAGGUUUGGUUCCAGAAUCGUCGUGCAAAAUGGAGAAAACAGGCCAGAUUACAGUUAUUGCAAGACGCCUGGCGGAUGCGAUGUCUGGGAAUGAAUUCUCCCCAACUAGUAGUAGAUCCACAACAUAUGCCGUCGGCAACAAAUAAUAACCCACCGAGUAAAAAGCCCGACGAAUCUGGAUCCUCGCCGAAAGAACCGGAAUUCACACUGAUGCAUCCCGCUUUUCAAGGAUCAAACGGAGGAGCGAACAGCCAAAGCAGCAACCCAGUGCAGAACAACAAACGGAUGGAUAUUACCCAUCCCUCCUUUCAGUCUAGUCUAACAGGCCCCGAUGGUUCAUCGAUCCCUCGAGACGAACGUCAAUCGUACCAACCCACCAAUACCCAACCAAGAUCCCCGCAGCAUAAUCCGGAAGAUUCCAACAGCAGUGAACUCUCGGAUGGGUCGGAGGAAAUCGACCUCACCACCAAUGGGGGAUGCAUUGAUUAUUCCAACAGCAGCAAUUCGAACAAGAAUUAACCUAGUUUAUGGAAGUUUCAGCCAAAUUGUUGUAAAUACGCUUUAAAUGAAUUCAGAAUUUGUAGACGUGGUUGCCUGAUUCUCAUCUAGAUUUGAAUAAAAACUCUAUUUC